ACUUAGCACCCAGUAGAGAUUACUAUGUAUGAACGAAGUACUACACAUGACAAACCUGACAUCAAUAUUGCAUCAACCCCCUCCAAUGGCACUUAAAUAGCCACCUCCCAUCCCGCUACAUAAACAUUUACCCAACAAUCCAAUCGAAUAUCUGCCCUCCACAAGACAGACACCAAGACCUCCACCCAAUCAACUCAUUCUCCCAACCAACAAAGCAAAAUGUCCAACCGCUACGAACGCUCCGCCGAAGACGCCUACGAGGCGCAGAACGACCCGUCCCCGGUCUCAGGCACCUACCGGGACAACACCUAUGCGCAUGAGACGCAGUCCAGCCUGAGGGGCCAGAUCCCCGUCGCCAAGGACGACGAUUAUUAUGAUGAUCCGAUGCAGCCGCCGUACUCGAACUCGGAUGAGCAGCUUGCGCGCGAUGAGGACGAGGCGCUGGAUCAAUCUAAUGUGAUUCAGGGUCGGACGCGUGGGGCUAAGCCGCAGACUAGGAAUAAGUAUAAUGAGGGUCCCGGAGAGGAUGACCUGCCCGAUGAGGUGCGGUAUGGAUACUCUGGCGUGUCGAGAUAAAUUUGUGGGUGGAAAUGAGAUGAGAAGGGAGUGUACGAGCAUGAUGGUGUGAAUUGAUUGUGUAUUGGAUGUAUUAUGUUAAGUAGUAUUUGAUGAAGAGGUUUCAGAUAGGUAACGGUUCAAUUAAGGACAUAAUUCAUAAAUCGUUGAUU